AUGAGCGUGCCGAUCCCCGGGAAGUCGUCGUGGCCGGAGUUGGUGGGCGUGCUGGCGACGCCGGCGGCAACGACGAUCGCCCACGAGAGGCCGGACGUGUCCGUUGAGGUGCUCCCGCCGGGGUCGCCGGUCAUCCCGGACUUCAACCCCACGCGCGUCCGCGUCUUCAUCGACAACAAUAGCAUUGCAACCAGGUCCCCGUCAUCGGCUAGCUUAGCUAGCUAG